UCGAAGUCCAGCCCGGAUCUGAUCUCAUCGCUCUCUCUCACUUCCCCUCUUUACCACUCCUCCCAUCCAUCAUCCCCUUCUCUCUCUCAGAUCAAAUGCUUCUAAUUCUAAGCAACGAAUUUCCUCACUCACAUUCCCCAUCGCUCCACAAAUAUUCUUCCAUUUCCAAUUUCGUCUGCAUUGCUAUCAUCUAAGCACUCACUGAGAGAGAAGUCAAAGCGCACUCACACACUGCACCUGCUUCGUCAAUGUCACUUGGCAUUCAUUAAUGGCGGCGUGUUCCAGAGGCUUCUCAACGACGCCGUUUGAUUUCAAGCUCAGAAUAAGGCGACUCAAUGCCGCUCUGCUUCCCAGAAAGCGUAGAAAGCUCUUCUUCCACGCUGAUCGAGUUCCACUCGCUAAUGGCGUAGUACGCUGUUGCUGUUCCGACUCGGUCACUCCGAUUCGCAGAACCAGUGGUUCUGCCAACGGCGGCGAUAAGAACGAGGAAUGGAGGCUCGAUCCCAAAAAACCCCCUCACACUCUCAGAGUGAGGGUUCAAGCCUCCCCUGCCGCAAUGCCUUUCGCUUCUCCACCAUCAUUUCUGAAGCAGGAAAAGUUCUUUCCUCGUUGCACCCCAAGAAACUCUGGCCCACAGUCACGUGAUACGCCCCCCAAACGAGAUACUGGUAUCGCGAAUGAGAAGGACUGGGGUAUCAGCUUGUUAAAUGAAAAUGUUAAUGAGUCCGGCACUAAUGAAGAUGGGAGUACCUGGUAUCGAGAAAGUGGGGAAGAACUGGGUGAAAAUGGAUAUAGAUGUAGAUGGACAAGAAUGGGUGGUCAAUCCCAUGAUGGUUCCUCAGAAUGGAAAGAAACGUGGUGGGAGAAGAGUGACUGGACCGGAUAUAAGGAGCUAGGUGUAGAGAAGUCUGGUAGAAAUUCUGAGGGGGAUUCUUGGUGGGAAACGUGGCAGGAAAAUCUUCAUCAAGAUGAAUGGAGUAACAUAGCAAGAAUAGAAAGGAGUGCACAAAAACAAGCAAAAUCAGGGACUGAAAAUGCUGGAUGGUAUGAGAAAUGGUGGGAAAAAUAUGAUGCUAAAGGCUGGACUGAGAAAGGGGCACAUAAGUAUGGUAGACUGAAUGAACAAUCAUGGUGGGAAAAGUGGGGAGAAAAUUAUGAUGGGAGAGGGUCUGUCCUCAAAUGGACAGAUAAAUGGGCUGAAACUGAGCUUGGAACAAAAUGGGGAGACAAGUGGGAGGAGAGGUUCUUUAAAGGCAUAGGUUCAAGACAUGGAGAAACAUGGCACGUAUCUCCAAGCAGUGAACGUUGGUCAAGAACUUGGGGAGAAGAACACUUUGGAAAUGGGAAAGUCCAUAAGUAUGGAAAUAGCACUACUGGUGAGAGCUGGGAUAUAGUUGUAGACGAGGAAACUUAUUAUGAGGCGGAACCUCAUUAUGGAUGGGCGGAUGUGGUGGGUGAUUCAACACAAUUACUUUCAAUAGAGCCUCGGGAGAGGCCUCCUGGUGUCUUCCCUAAUUUGGACUUUGUCUCGCCUCCAUCGCCUCAACCUGAUGCUGAUGCUGAUGAUGACUUGCCUCAAGAUUUGCAAUGAACAUCUCACAAGCAUUAUUUAUUUUCUCCAAUUUUAGCCAUCGUAACUCAUUUUGUAACAUUAUGGAUCCAUCAUUUUAUUCAUUCUUUCCAUUUUAAUGUUCUUUCUCCUACCUUUUUUUUAUUCCUUUGGCUUCCUACUUAAAUUAUUUAUAAUUUAUGACAUCCACGUUAAUUUUUUGUCAUAUUAUUGGAUACUGUUUCUAAUUUA